CACCGCACCGUGCGGGGGGGGCGGCGGUGCCAUGGGGCCGGGGCGCGGGGGGGCGGCGGGCCGGGGUCCGCUGGGGGCCCUGGCGCUGCUCUGGGCCGUGGCCGUGCUGUGCCAGCUGGGCAGCGGCAGCGUCCUCCGCCGCCGGCUCCACACCGCCGGGUUCCUGCAGCGGCGGCUGAGCGGCGGGGAGCGGCGGGACGUGCAGCGGGAGAUCCUGGCGGUGCUGGGGCUGCCCGGGCGGCCCCGGCCGCGCAACUCCCCCGCCGCCCGCGCCCCCGCCGCCGCCGCCCCGCUCUUCAUGCUGGAUCUGUACCACGCCGUGGCCGGGGAGGAGGAGGCGGAGGAGGAGGAAGAUGAAGCGGCGGUAUCGCGACCGGUGCUCACCGGGCUCAGCACCCAGAGCCCCCCGCCCGGCAGCGUCGUCAGCCGCGCCGACACGGUCGUCAGCCUCGUCAACAUGGUCGAGCAGGACCGGGACAUCUUCUCCCCGAAGCCGUACUGGAAGGAGUUCAGAUUCGACCUGACCCAGGUGCCCAUGGGCGAGUCGGUGACGGCUGCCGAGUUUCGCAUCUACAAGGCGCGGGGCGUCACCCGCCACGCCAACAACACCCUCCACGUCAGCAUCUACGAGAUCGCGGCCGAGCACGCCAACAGGGAAUCCGACCUGUUCCUGCUGGACGUCCAGGACCUGCGUGCCGGGACCGAGGGCUGGCUGGUGUUCGACAUCACGGCUGCCAGUAACCACUGGUUAGUGGAUCGGAAAUACAACCUGGGGCUGCGGCUCUACGUGGAGACAGAUGACGGUCACAGUGUGGACCCGGGUUCUGCGGGGCUGCUGGGGCGCCGGGGUCCCCGCUCCAAACAGCCCUUCAUGGUGACAUUUUUCCGGGCCAGUCCCGGCCCCACACGCGUCACCCGGGCGGCCAAACCCCCCAGGAGGCGGCAGCCCAAGAAGACGAACGACCUCCCGCAUCCAAACAAGCUGCCGGGAAUUUUUGACGACGUCCACGCCGCGGACGGGCGGCAGGUUUGCCGGCGCCACGAGCUCUAUGUCAGCUUCCAGGACCUCGGCUGGCUGGAUUGGGUGAUUGCCCCGCAGGGCUAUUCCGCCUAUUAUUGUGAGGGGGAGUGCGCCUUUCCAUUGGACUCCUGCAUGAACGCCACCAACCACGCCAUCCUGCAGUCCCUGGUCCACCUGAUGAAGCCCGAGGCCGUGCCCAAGGCGUGCUGUGCCCCCACCAAGCUCAGCGCCACCUCCGUCCUCUACUACGACAGCAACAACAACGUCAUCCUCAAGAAACACCGCAACAUGGUGGUGAAGUCGUGUGGUUGUCACUGACAGCCAGGUCCCAUCCCCGGACAUCCCAUCCCCAUCCCAUCCUAUCUUGUCGCCAUCCCAUCCAUCUCCAUCCCAUCCAUCUCUAUCCCAUCCAUCCCCAUCCCAUUCAUCUCCAUCCCACCCCAUCCUCUUCCAUCCCAUCCCAUCUUUUCCCCCAUCCCAUCCGUCUCCAUCCCAUUCCAUCCUCUUCCAUCUCUAUCUCCAUCCCGUCCCCAUCCCAUCUUUUCCCCAUCCCAUCCCAUUCAUCUCCAUCCCAUCCUCUUCCAUCCCAUCCCAUCCCAUUCAUCUCCAUCCCAUCCAUCCCCAUCCCAUCCCAUUCAUCCCCAUCCCAUUCAUCCCCAUCCCAUUCAUCUCCAUCCCAUCCAUCUCCAUCCAAUCCAUCCCCAUCCCAUCCCAUUCAUCCCCAUUCCAUCCCAUUCAUCUCCAUCCCAACCUCUUCCAUCCCAUCCAUCUCCAUCCCUUCCCAUCUUAUCCCCAUCCCAUCAUCUUAUCCCCAUCCCAUCUCCACCAGAGCACCACAACAUUGUUUUUCUGCUGCGUGUGCAGAAGAGGCAUUUCACGGGCUGCACUAUGCCUAAAAUCCCAUUAAUUAUAAUAAAGAAUAAUUAAAGAACAAACAAACAAACAAAAAAUCCUCCCAACCCUUCCUAGAAGAGAAGCGGAUGUAAAUAAUAUAAAAGUUUUAUUCUCUUACCCCACUUAAUGAGACAUAAACAUAUAUACAACUAUAUAUAUAUAUAUAUUUAGGAAAGAGAAGAUUUGUGGCUGGUUCCCUGUGUAUAUUUUCGUGGCUGCUGUUUUCCCAUCUCCAGCCGAGGCCAUUUGGGCUGGAGGGUAAUUAGAACAACGAGGCGGCGUCCGAGUUGCUCUGGGGUUGAGCUGUUUCUGGCCAUGAACGUCGAACUAACCCACCCCUACCCAGCACUUUUAAUUCCCUUAAUGAAAACACCCCCAACCAAUUAAUUAGCUGGCUGACUAACCCGCUCCUGUUUGCUUAAAGCUCACAAAACACAGCGGGUUGGAAAAAAGAAGAAAAUAUCCAUAUUGAGCUAUGACACCGUUAUAAAAUAAACACCUGGUUUGGAAAGUAAA